CACCUGAGUCCCCCAACUAAUAAUCCCCUUUUUCAACUGAUCUCUCUAUGUCGAAACCGAAUGGGAACGCGCCUCCGCCGCCGCAGCUUCAACAGCUGCAAAGCCAGCAGCCAGCAGGUUCCGAGGAAUGGAACGAGGAGAAGCUAGUCGACUCGCUCAAACGUCUUGACGAUCUUCACAAUAAGUUGAUCAGUCUUCGCACGGUUAUUCCACGUCUGACGUUGCCGCUAUCCACAAAAUAUCCUUCCCCCGCAGAAUUCUACGCCGAUCUUGCAAAUAGAGCGCAAAGCAGCUCACAGGAGGUGUUGGAUUUUAACUCAUCGUGGGUCGAUAACAAGGAAAUUUUCGAUGGCGCAGGCGCGUCACGAGCGAAGAAGCCUGAGGGGAUACAGAGACUCUCAGUCCACGACACUUUCAUGCCAGAUGAUGAGGAGGAGGAAGAGGAAGAGUUGAAGGUUGCCCCUAAACCCGAGGACACAGAGAUGAAAGAUGCCAGCGAUCAGCCCGAGGAGGAAGAGGAGGAUGAAAUGAAGGAAGACGAAAUAGAAACCUCAGACGCAGAGAUCCCUACAGUGAUCGGAGAUUUCAAAGGGAGACAUCCGAGCAUUGGGGUUGAAGUCAGCGACGGAGAGGAGUCUGGAAAGAGAACUAUCAAACUUAAAUUACCAACGCCAACCGAUCUCCUCUUCACCAUCGACAUGAACUUAUCCGCUAAUUCUUCAAUAUCGAUGGACAAGUCGGAUCCAGCUACAAGCACUCGCCGCUUCAUCGUUACUUCCAUCGUCAAUUCUAAAAAACCCGAGCAACAACCAGCCCCCCAUCUUUACACCGCUCUUCUGCGCAGUAUCACUAUGCGGCCCAACGCCGGAAAUCUUCAAAUGCUGCUGGAAAUGAUUGGAACAUACACCUCAUUAUUCACAACCCCCUGCUCAAAAUGCAAUAAAAUGACUGGAGGGACAAAGGCCGAACUUCCAGUAGUCAGACGAAAGCGUCUAGUACCGGUUGAAGAAGCUGCUCUUGGCGCUACAAACGGGGUGGCCAGUGCUAAUACCACUGAAGUAGCUAACAAGAAGAAGGGUAAAAUGAAAAAGGAAAAGGCUUGGUUGAGUUUCCACGAAGUCUGCAUGUAG